ACAGAGCAAACCUGUACCGAUCAUAUCAGCACUGUGGUUCUUAAAUGCUUUUAAAACAAUGUUUACAAAAUAGUUUGCGCAAUUUUGGAGUUGUUUAAUUAAUGAUGGAAAUAAACCAUCUAUUCUUGUCUGCUCAUGAAUCGCCGAACGUGCCUCUCCUCCUGAUUGGCGUAACUAUGGAUACCGUUGCUAUGUGACGCUUGUUCCUCCAGGAAGACGCUAGUUCGCUAGCUCGCAGGACAACAUGGAAGACAGCUUUCAGCUAGGAGACAAUGGAGUUGUGAAAAGUGUUGCGAAGACAGGCCGCAGGGCCCGGCAAGCCGCAGAGCAAACCCCCGUCGAUGAGUCCCGUCCCCUCCGAAAGUCCUCCUCCACCUCUGCUGGAGAGGCGGGCCCUCCGAAGUCCGUCCGCAGGCAGGGCGGCUGGGCCGAGGACAGCUCUGGAGCCGGUUCUGCCAAAUCCUCCAGAAGACCAGCGUUGGAGGACCAGGAGGACCGACGCCUGCAGCCACAGACCCCCCACGGCUCGGACGACGAAGGAGGUGAGGGGCCCGCUGCCUGUGCCUGCUCGGGUUAA